AAUUUAAAAGGCACUCAACACGUAUGUACAUGCUCUCUACAUUAUUUAACAAUUCAGAGCAUUAAAUUCACCUAGUGAUCCUAACGGAGAGUAAUCCGUGCCCUCCAUUCAGUUGCCUAUCUAUAUUUAGUAAUCCGUGAUAGUACUACUUUCAGUUAUUUGUGCAAGGUCACACAUUGUAUUAACAGACGGCACAAGAAACAUUCAGAGCGUCUAUUACCACCGACUGUCUACAGAAACCAGAACCAACACAUACGAAAAUAUAAUUACUAAAAUUAGUUCUUAAUAUUGGUAACGGAGGGUCAAUGACAUUUAUUGAAACAAAUAAAUGGCGGCGGACGAAAAGUGGUACUUUACAAAAGAACAACUUGCAAGUACUCCGAGCAGAAAAUGUGGGUUCGAGGUCGAUAAGGAAUUAUCAUAUCGGCAGCAAGCUGCAAAUUUUAUACAAGACAUGGGACAGAGAUUACAAGUUACACAACUAUGUAUCAAUACAGCAAUUGUGUACAUGCAUCGAUUCUACGUGUUCCACUCAUUCACCCAGUUUCAUCGCAAUGCGAUGGCAGCAGCAGCUCUCUUCUUAGCUGCCAAAGUGGAAGAGCAGCCAAGGAAAUUGGAACACGUGAUAAAGGUAGCACACAUGUGCCUGAACAGAGACCAGCCUUCUCUUGACACAAAGUCAGAGAAAUACCUGGAGCAAGCACAAGACCUGGUGUUCAACGAGAAUGUGUUGCUGCAAACACUAGGCUUUGAUGUGGCUAUCGACCAUCCACACACGCAUGUAGUACGCUGUUGCCAUCUGGUUAGAGCCAGCAAGGAUCUAGCUCAAACAUCGUACUUUAUGGCAUCGAACAGCCUGCAUCUGACCACCAUGUGUCUUCAGUACAAGCCGACAGUUGUGGCCUGUUUCUGCAUACAUCUUGCAUGCAAAUGGUCCAACUGGGAGAUCCCACAGUCAAAUGAAGGAAAAGACUGGUUCUGGUAUGUGGACAAGACAGUAAGCCUGGAACAGCUUGAGCAGCUAACUGCAGAGUUUCUUGUUAUCUUUGACAAAUGCCCCACCAAAUUGAAGCGCAAGAUCAUGAGUAUCAGUGCCAGUCAGAAUACCACUCUCCCUCCUGCCAUCUCUGGGAGUCUCUUUGAUAUGGAGCCUCGAAAAAUUCAGCCGCCAGAUGGCAAUCAGGAUGGGCCAAUAUUUCAUCCUGGAGCGCCUUCAGGCAGUGGCCGUCCCCUGUCACACAUGCCAGCAGAUACCUCAUCCAAGCCUACAGCUGAUGGUGAAGCUUUCAAGAAACUACACCAGAUGCCAUCUGUACCUGGGGGCAUAGGAUCAUCACAGCAACCUCCCCAGGCACCGCUACGUGUUGAAUACCGUGACUACAAGGAGAAGAAGGAACGGGAACGGCUGGCACAGCAAACAGGAGUGUCUAGGGAUGGACAUCAUGGGGCAACUCACAUCAAUAAGAGUAUCCCAGGAAGUGCCAACAAGCAUGGGACUGUACCUUCUGGGAGUUCAGCAAUGGUUGGCAAGCCUGGAAUACCUCACCAUGAUCACAAGCAUCCCCGCCCUAUGGCCCCUGGGACAGUGCGAGGCCCACAGGCUCGUGAUGCAGUUCGGCGGGAACAAGCAUAUGCCCGUGAGGCUGCUAAAAGAGACAGCAGUAACCAGCGUGGUGAACACAUAUUUACUCCUCCUGUACGACACCAUGAGCCCAAAGAACCUUUGUUACAAACCCCAGGUGAACAUGUUUCAUCCCAGCACCAUGGACUGCCACUGGACCCUGCCGUAGGUGUGGCCAAUCAUUUAGGUAGUGGUUUGAAUAGUGGUGUUAAUUGUAAUGUUAGUUGUAGGAAGGACAGUCAGGGCCUUGAGUGGACAGGUGGUGAGAAAGUAAGUGAAGUGGACAGUAGGCAUGCUGUCGACAAAUCAAGUGUGCCAGUUGGCUUGAGGAAUGCAGAGAACAGACAUUUAGUACCUCUGCAUACAGAUUCUAGUUCAAAACGAAACCAGCAGCAGGGAUUUGAAUCCACAAGUAGGAUUGGCCACCAGGGAAGUGCAACAAGCUGUAGUGACAUUCGUACUGUGAAGGAUGAUGUGUCCUCAAAAAUACCAUCAGACACUAGUGAUUCUCAGAAGCAGCUGUUUAAUCAUAACAAGCAUGGUACUGGUAGUGACAGGCUUGAACAUGGCCGGCAUCGCAAGUCUGCUGUUAGUGAACAGUUUACCUCAAGACAACCUCUGCCAUCUGCAGAAGGUGUUGUCGAACGAAAGCCGAAUAUUUCUGAAAUAGUUGACCGGAAGCCAAACGUUUUGGAUCUUGUGGAUCGCAAACCAAAUAUCAGUGACUGUGUGGAUCGCAAGCCUAAUGUUCUGGAUGGGUUAGAUCGGAAGCAAAAUAUGGCUGAGCUUCACUCUUCAUUUGGUGAAAGUAGGCAUGAAACUUGCAACAGAAGACCUGUGAUUUCAGAUGUUAAACACCAGCCAGCCCAACCAUGCCAGAGCAUGAAAUGGGAACCCAGAGCAGAUAUAAAUACUGUGAAGAAAGAGGAUGGCAUGGACAUUGGUAUUGGGGUAGGAGGGUCAUCAGCACGACCAGCACCUCCACUUCCACUCCCAACACAACAGCAGCCAACGCCACAUUCGUCAACACAACCAGCACUGUUGCCAAAUGCUGCAGCAUUGCCAUCCCAUCACCAUCCUCAUGAGAGGCAGAAAUCUCGUCCCAAAUCUCCUUCUCAAGUCCAUGAUAAACCUCCAGCUCUGCAUCAGCAACAUGCUCGGUCUGCUGUUCCUGCUCGAGCAAAAUCUCCAGUUUCUGCUGCCAUUCCUGUUCCCUCCAGUGUUUGCAAAAGGUCGGAAUCCCCACAUCAUGGAAGAACCAAGUCUUCUGCAGUCUCUCUCACAAAUAUGUCAACGCCUUCUCGAAAUGGCACAGCAGUUCCUGAAAUAAAACCCGUAGUGGAAGCACGAAGCAGACGGCCUGAAGCCCAUGCAGCGAAGUCAGUGUUGGCAGUGGACCAACAGUUAGUUACAGUCAGGUCCGAGACAGAGAUGUUGUCACAGACUCCUUCAAAUGUUUCCAAUGGAAGUCAGAAGAGUGGAACUGUUGCAUCCCUUCCCAAUGUACCUGAAAAAACUGGAACUGCUGUCCUGCGAGAAUCCCCAUAUCCUCGAUCCAGCAAGUCCAGGCAACGUACUCCCCCAACAUCUGGUAAUAAGAAGACUCCUGCUUCACUACCUGAAAUACAAACAACAUCUGUAUCUUCUUUCGGCUCACCACCACCUCCAACUCCCACCACACCUGGUAAUGCAAGCAAGACUCAGGGAUCCCUUAGGGCUACUAGGCGGCACCGAACAAGCAGUUCAAGCUCUGAACCUGAGCUUGUUCCUGUGGUAAAAAAAUUAGAUGAGAUAGCAGGCUAUGAGAACAUCAUUCGUGACUCAAAAAUGGGCAUAAAAUUACCCAAUAGAGUCCCAGAUAUUAUUCCACCAAUACGAGAUCGCAACAAGAAAGAUGAGACAAAUGUUGCUACUUCUGCCACUGGAAAUAAUCACAGCAGCAGUAGUGUAAUGUCAUCAGUUGCCAAAGAAUUGAAAACCCCAGAUCUUAUCCGACCAUUUGCCACUAAAGUGUCAGAUUCAGUGUCACAGACAGCCAAAUCAGCAAGUAUUCCAGAUGAUCUCGGUGCAGUGGCAUUUCCAGAUUCAGACUCAACAAAUGGCACAUUUGUCCGAACCCAAAUCCCAGCCCCUCCCAUAGUUCCUGAAGAAGCACUUGGCAGUGCUGACAUCCAGAGUGUGGGAAUUAUCGACAUCUCCACAAUGGAGGAACAGAUCCAGCCACUGGAGAAUGUAGUAUCCUCUGCUUGCAGCUCCAUUUUAAUGUCAGAGCAUCACCAUAAAAGCGAAAAGAAGAAGAAAAAGAAGGAACAUAAAGAACACAAACAUAAAGAGAGAGACAAGAAUCGAGAAGAAAGGAGACACAGGCACAAACACAAGGACAAAGAUAAAGAUCGUCACAAGGGAGAGAAAGCUGAAAGCUCAGCCCCCAUCAAAAUUACUAUACCUAAAGAUAAAAUCAACUUGAGCUCAACGUUAGAGCCUGUGGCAGGAACAGGGCUGAAGAUUAAAAUUCAGAAAGAUAGACUGAAAGGAGGUAGUGACUCCACAGGCAGCAGUCCACAAUCUGUUCCAAGUGGAGGACUGAAAAUCAAGAUCAGUAAAGAGGUGAUUGGGAACUUCAAUAAUAGCCAUACAGGCCCACCUGGUUGUAGUAAUGAGGCUCCAUCAUCCUCCAGGAAACGUGAUCGGAGCAUACCUCAGUCAUCUGAGUCAGUACCACCUCCAGGGCCUCCUGCUAAGAUAAUGCGGCCCAACACUUCAUCAGGGGAGGAGCGACGGGGUGGCAACAGCUUCAGUAAUUAUGGCAGGCACAAUGGUGUGGAGCACCAUCGCAGAGGCAUGCACUACUCUACACCUGGUGGCAAGGUGGUGCAGAAAUUGGCCGACACUCAUAAUGCCUAUCAGAGCAAAGGGAAAUCUUCUACCAGUUCAGGAAGCCAACCUUAAAUAAAUAGCAUUCAGUUGUGUGGGGUCCACAGAAACAAAAUGCAACUGACCAGAUAUCCCCAUCCAAACCUUAUUUUUUUGUAUGGUGAUGGUAUUCACCCACCCUUUCUUUGUUACCAAAAUUGUAAUUUGUAUCAUAAUAAAACAUUGACUGUGAACAGUGGUGUGUGGUGUUUUGGUAUGGUUCUGGUGGUGCAGUUGUGGUUGGUGUGAUUUCUGUUUUUACACCCCAGCUUCUUCCUCCAACCUUCACACCUGGGAGCUUAUUUCUACUCUGGUGGCUGUCAAGGAAACACAAUCAUUGUCACAGUUAUGUGUGAAAAUGUGUAGGAAGGUAAAUUGACAAUUUUUUAAGGGAGACCGAAUGUUGCAAGUAGAAAUGAACAAAGAGUGCCCAGUGUAAAAAUGACUAAUUGUGCUGUGCAGUAACACGUAAUUAGAUAGGAAUUUAUUUUCAAAUAGACAUCCUCUUAUUUUCCCCAUGACUACAACAUUGAUUGCAUGCUUCGUUGUGGUUGAAGCUAAUACCCAGUUUAUAAAUAGGCUCCCCCCUGUUAACUGGCGGCAGAUCGCUUGAUAUGAGGAUGUGAGCAUUCCGAUCUUUUGUGCGUGUAUUUUUAUUUACCUCAACAGAGUGCCACCUUUGCAGCUGGCUAAGGAGUAGUGUGUACCCACCAGUGAAUGAAAUUACAGCAGAGGAAGAAACUAAGUAACAACAGCAACAAUAAUUUAUGUGGGAGUUGUAUUAAGAAACUAGUCCUUCAGCAUUGUAAUCACUUAUGCCUAUUUUCAUAUUAAAUUUAGUUCCUGUAAUUUAAUAUUUUUUAUGAAAAGAAGUAGUAAGUAAUAUUUGUAAGUAAAUUAAAUUGUAAUUUGUAAGUAAAUAACAUUUAUUUUCUUUUGUAAGGAAUCACACAUUCAAAAUUUUCUAGUUCUGGGCCCAUUUGCGUGUUGAGUAAAGCAUAUUUCUAUUAACUUCAACAGUUGUGAUUAUAGUUAAUGAUUUCAGCUUUAAAUUUUUUGCUGUAAGUUAAUGCUUCUGUUAAUCACUUGAAUGUCUAUUACAACACUUUGAAAUCUGGGUGAACACUUGGAAAAUGUGAAUGUGUGGUUUUAUGCACAGAAUGUAAUGGAGGUGAAGUCUGUGAUGGCUCAAUCGCGAUUUUUUAACUACACUAUUUCCUGCCACCAGCGGAAUGUGUACUCCAGUGAGAAUUUGGUUCUUGUCCUAACAGUAUACCACGGCGAUAUAUAUUGAUGCAAUAAUGUGUGUACUGGAGUAAGCUUCCUCAUAAUAUGUAGUGAAAUGACUGAUACCGUUAAGCAGGAAAUUUGCUUUGUUCAUAUUUUUUGAGGUAAUCAAACCCUGUGUUAUGUCAGCUAGUGGGGUGUCUUCUUUAAACUGUUGGGAUUAAUCCUUGCCGUUGUUUGAGGUUCAGCGUAUUUUUGUCAUCGUGGGUGGGACAUUAUUGUUUAAACAUUUAUUUACCUUUAUAACUAUGCAAUGACUGACCAAAUAUAAGAAAAUGACAUGACACAUAUUUUGCCUUGAGUACAUAUUCAAUUUUAAAGAUAAAAAACUGGAAUAGAAAGUAAUUACGUUCGUUAAAUUUUUUCACCCUGCAUUUUUACAACAUAAUGCAUAAUGCAUUUUUUUUUUUAUGAUUGUGUCCUGAGGCUCAAUGGAACGUGUAUAUACAUAUAUAUAAUCUAUACAUAUAUGCAUAUAUAUAUAUAUAUGAGUUACAAGAUGUAAACGAUGCCUUUGUAAAUGUUACACAUUAUAAAUCUCAUUCUCAAACUAGUUUCAUUUGUAGGGCAGAUUUGGUUUCAUCUUGCCCUAACCAUUACAGUGAUGAUAAUAAAACAAUGAAACAGUUUA